UCAUCUGGUUCUCCUUCUCUGACCUCCCUCUCUUCUGCAUCGUCAGAUCAAUCAGAUUUCUAUUCUUUCUUUAAAAUAAAAAUAAAAAUACCAAUCACUCCUCUCUUCCCCUCUGCCUCCAAAACGCGCGCAAAUUAAAUAUAAAAUACUUGUCUCUCCUGGGAUUUGGUGAGAUGGCGGAUGCACCAACGAGUCCGGCGGGAGGUAGCCACGAGAGUGGUGGUGAGCAGAGCCCGCGGUCAGGGGUAAGAGAGCAAGAUAGGUAUUUGCCAAUUGCUAACAUAAGCAGGAUCAUGAAGAAGGCCUUGCCCCCCAACGGAAAGAUCGCUAAGGACGCUAAGGACACCGUACAGGAAUGCGUUUCCGAGUUCAUCAGCUUCAUCACCAGCGAGGCAAGUGAUAAGUGUCAAAAGGAGAAGAGGAAGACAGUUAAUGGGGAUGAUUUGCUCUGGGCAAUGGCAACGUUAGGGUUUGAAGAUUAUAUUGAGCCUCUUAAGGCGUACCUAAUGAGAUAUAGGGAGUUGGAGGGUGACACCAAGGGAUCUGCUAGGGGUGGGGACGGACCUGCUAAAAGAGAUACAGUUGGAACUCUUCCUGGCCAAAAUACACAGUUGGCUCUUCAGGGAUCAUUGAACUAUGCUAAUCCGCAAGUUAAUUCCCAACCAAUGGCUCCAACUGCAGUUCACAGAGAACCAAGGCUGGUGAUAAAGGAAUCCCGAGAAAUCUACAGAAUUAUUUUUUUAAUUAUUUUGUUGUCCUUUUUACUAUUAUCAAGAUUCUUGUCUGCUUCCAUUUGACAUUGCAAUUACUGUCUCGCUGUAGUGGGCAUACCUUCCUAAAUCCAUCUGAAUUAGCCAGGGAUAGUGAAAAAAUUACUUGGGACAGCUGCCAUGUAAAGCCUGGUUAUGAGAGUGGUGGGAACCAAAACUCCUUACUCACUUCCUGGCUGAAUUUGGGGUGUUAUUAUUGGUGACUGUCUAGUAAAAUGAUAGGUGUUAUACAGCUAAGUUGCUAGCUCAUGCCUUAUCCUGCCCUAAAGCAAGGCUGGUUGGCGAAUGAAUUGGCAGUACCACAAAUUGAAAUUUGGUCUAUAGCUCUUUUUUUUC